UAAACGUUCUUCUUGGCUACCUUGUUAUUCGGAGUUCGGAGUUCAGACUUGAGAUUAGGAACUAGGAAGUGGGAAAACGAAAGCUGUCCUCGCUUUCCACAAAAAACAUCGGCAUCUCCAGGACCAGCAGCAGAAGCCGAUAAGUAGCGGAGCUUGAGCUUGGGGGAUGAGUUAUGCCGUCGUUGGAUUCUCUUCUCCUCCUCCCAACCCAUCUCUUCCCUCGUCAAUCAAUAGCUUGCAGAAGCAGGAUGGAGAUACAGCUGAACAAAUUCAGUUAGAAGAUAAGCAUCCUACUCUUCCCGGAUAUAAGUGGCGUUUGGUUAUUGCAUAUGAUGGCACCAAAUUUUCUGGCUGGCAAUAUCAGCAGUCACCACCUACCAUACAGUGCAUUGUGGAAAAAACAUUAACUAGGAUAACAAAACUGGAAAGGGAGGAGCUGUGUUUUGUUGGUGCAAGUAGGACAGACACUGGAGUUCAUGCAUGGGGUCAGUUUCAGGUGGCACACUUUGUUACGCCUUUCAACUAUCACAGCUUGGAAAGCAUUCAUGCAGCACUUAAUGGUCUUCUUCCUUCUGAUAUCCGAGUUAGAGAGAUUAGUUCAGUACUUCCAGAGUUCCAUGCUCGUUUUUCUGCAGAGAGCAAGAUUUAUCACUACAAGAUAUAUAAUGACACAAUCAUGGACCCAUUUCAGCGUCUUUAUGCAUAUCAUAAUGCUUAUAGACUCAAUACUGUUGCUAUGAGGGAGGCUGCAAAGUAUUUCAUUGGAAAGCAUGACUUCUCUGCUUUUGUCAAUGCAUCACGCAAUGAUAUAUCACCAGAUCCUCUAAAGCAUAUAUUCCGUUUUGACGUCAUUGAAAUGGGAGUUCUUUUGCAGCUUGAGGUUGAAGGAUCUGGUUUCUUGUACAGACAAGUGCGAAACAUGGUAGGUUUGUUGCUUCAAGUCGGAAGGGAAGCAGUCCCACCUGAUAUUGUUCCCCAUAUUUUGGCUACUAGAGAUCGAAAGGAGCUUGCAAAAUAUGCUUUAUGUGCCCCACCUCAUGGACUCUGUCUCAUGUCUGUCAAGUACAAUAAAGAUAUCUUACAGCCUCCCCCUGGUUGCCCUGCAUCUAGUUUUGGCAUGCAUUAUUGCCUAAGCAAAUGUAAGCUUCCUUUCUAUUAAAAAUAAAGGUCCUCUGGAAGAGAAGUUUGAAACGAAACCUAACUUCCAAAGAAUAUAACAUGCAAAUCUUCAAGCAAUUCCAUGAAAAGCUAACAGGUGUAAUUGUACGAGUUUCCAAAAAAUGAAAUAUUCUAAAUUGAUUUGAGGAUCUGUUUCUGAUA